UUUUAUUUUAUUUCUUUUUUUAUUUUUUAUUGGAUUUUUUAUUUACAUUUCAAAUGUUAUUCCCUCUCCCAGUUUCCCACCCUUAAACCCCCUAUCCCAUCCCCCCUCCCUUCUUCCAUGAGGUUGUUCACCCACCUAACCACCCACUCCUUUCUACCCCCCCGGCCCUGACAUUCUCCUACACUAGUGGUUCCAGUCUUUGCAGACCAAAGGCUUCUUCUCCCAUCAGUGUCCAGCAAGGUCAUCCACUGCUACAUAUGCAGCUGGAGUCUUGGGUCUGUCCAUGUGUAUUCCUUGGAUGGAGGUUUAGUCCCUGGAAGCCCUGGUUGGUGGUAUUGUUGUUCUUAUAGGGUUGCAAAAACCCUUCAGCUCCUUCAAUCCUUUCUCUAACUCCUCCAUUGGGGACCCUGUUUUCAGUUCAGUGGUUGGCUGCUAGCAUUCGCCUCUGUGUUUGUCAGGCUCUGACUGAGCCUCUCUCAGGAGAUGGCUAUAUCAGGCUCCUGUCAGCAUGUACAUCUUGGCAUCAGCAAUAUUGUCUGGGUUUGGUGGUUAUGUGGGUCCCCAGGUGGAACAGAUUCUGGAUGGUCAUUCCUUCAGUCUCUGCUCCAAACUUGGUCUCCCCCUCUUAUGAAUAGUUUUGUCCCUCCUUCUAAGAAGGACUGAGGCAUCCACACUUUGGUCAUCCUUAUUCUUCUGCUUCAUGUGAUCUGUGGAUUGUAUCAGGUAAUUUGAGCUUUUGGACUAAUAUCCACUUAUCAGUGAAUGUGUACCGUGUGUGUGUUUUUUGUUUUUGGAGAUUUUUUUGUGAUUGUGUUAUCUUACUCGGGAUGAUAUUUCCUAGUUCCAUCCAUUUGCCUAUGAGUUUCAUGAAGUCAUUGUUUUAAUAGCUGAGUAGUACUCCAUUGUGUAAAUGUACCACAUUUUCUGUAUCAAUUCCUCUGUUGAAGUACAUCUGGAUUUUUUCUAGCUUCUGGCUAUUAUAAAUAGGACUGCUAUGAACAUAGUGGAGCAUGUGUCUUUGUUGUAUGUUGGAGCAUCUUUUGGCUAUAUUCCCAGGAGUGGUAUAGCUGGGUCCUCAGAUAGUACUAUGUCCAAUUUCCUGAGGAACCUCCAGACUGAUUUCCAGAGUGAUUGUACCAGCUUGCAAUCCCACAAACAAUGGAGGAGUGUUCCUCUUUCUCCACAUCCUCACCAGUAUCUGUCACCAGAGUUUUUGAUCUUAGCCAUUCUGACUGGUGUGAAAUGGAAUCUCAGGGUUGUUUUGAUUUUCAUUUCCCUGAUGACUAAGGAUAUUGAACAUUUCUUGUUUUUUUAUUCAUAUAUGAUAUAUAUUAUAUACAAAGAGAUGUGUUGAGAAGCAAUAUAGAACUCAAUAGUGUACUUUGAACAUGUAUGCUUACAUGUUCUUGUGUGUGUGUGCUAGUACGUGGUGGGUAUGUACACACACGAGUACAUGCAUUUGUGGAGGCCAAAGUUCAAUGUCGAGUGUUAUAUUACACAUAUUCUGUGAGGUAGAAUCUCUCAAUGAAUCUGGGACUCAUUAGUUUAGUCAAACUAGCUGGCCAGUGAACCCUCAGAACCCUCCUGCCUCUACUUCCUCAGCACUGAGCUCACAAGUGCAUGGUACCCUUAGCUUCUUCACAUAGGUGCUGAAAACCAGCUCGGGUCCUUGCACUUCAGUGCAAACUCUUUGCCAAUCUCCCCCUGAGUCAUUGGCCCAGCCAGCAUAAGCAGACAUGUUUAGAAUACAAUUUGGUUCUUCCACGCACAGGUGCUUUUUCAUUCCAUGUAUUUGAUACAUCAUAAUUUUUAAUAAUAUUAUUAGUUGUGUGUGUAUGUGAGAGAGAGACAGAGAGAGAGAGAGAGACAGAGACAGAGACAGAGACAGAGACAGAGACAGAGAGACAGAGGAGAUGAUUGGGGGUACAUGUGCCAUGGUCUAUUUGGAGGUCAGAUGACAACUAUAGGAAAUCAGUUCUUUCUACCAUGAGUUCCAGAUACUGGAUUCAGAUGGUCAGUCUUCCGUGGAAGUGCUUUUUACCUGCUGAGUCAUCUCAGACUCUCUGUCUCUCUCUUCUCUCUCUCUCUCUCUCUCUCUCUCUCUCUCUCUCUCUCUCUGUGUGUGUGUUUAUGUGUGUGUGUUUAUAUCUGUGUGUGUCUAUGUGUGUCUGUGUCUGUGUGUGUUUGUGUGUCUACUGUAAGUGAGAGGACACUUCAGAAUUCAUCCCCAGGAGCAAUUCCACUCUUUGAGAAAGCUCUGUCCAUGAUAUGAUGCUAAUUAGACUAGAUUAGAUGGCCAUCAAGCUCCAGCUGUUCCUCUGUCUCAACCUCCCCAGCACUGGGGUGACAAGCAUAUGCAUCAUGCCUGCCUGUCCACUUACGUGGGACACAAAGAGAAAAUCAUGUGAACACACCCAAAAGCAAGAAGAAAGGCUUUCUCCUAUGAUGGAAGGUCUACCACAAACACACAGGCAUGUGUAUGAGUUUUAAAUAUAGUUCUGAGUGUUUCUUGAACAAGUGUCCUCUUGUCUAGACAACUUCUUUAAAUGCCUAUAAACACUUGUGUUGUAUGAGCUUCAGAGUUCCGAUGAUCACUGACAAGCUAUAGUGAAUGACCUUCCAAAUAAACUGUGCACAUACAUGUAAUCAAUUUCAUAGGAUAAAAUUCAGCCAAUGGACCUAAUGAUACAAAGAUAAAGAUGUUGCUCUGUAUUAUGGGCAUGUGUGUAUGUCCACAUUAUGUGUUUGGUGUAUACAUAUAUGUAUGCACAUAUGUAAAUAUAGGUGUGCAUAGAGGUAAAAGUCUGAGACCAAUCCUUGGUCUCUCACCACUAGUUAUUGAGUCAGGAACGGCAACCAAGGUUGCUCUAUGGUUUUCAUACACAUGUGCAUGUAAACACACACACAUGCAUGCACACGCACGCACACACACACAACACACACAAGAAUAGAGAGAAUAGUACUGUGGGCGUUCUUCAUAAGAAGCCAAUGUUAUCUAAUGGUCACAAGUAUAAUGAAGCCUGUUUCAGUUUUUUUCCUGCCCCAGUCUUGUGUAUGUAGGAUCAUAUGUAUGGCCUAGUAUGUGUGAGGUCAUACAUGUAAGUUGUAUGAGUACGAUCAUAUUGUGGGAUCAUAUGUUUGGUCUUGCACAUGUGGGUUGUAGGUAUGGGAUAAUGUCCUGUUAACCUUCAUAUGGAAGGAUACUGGAGCAGUAAGGAGAAAGGGGCAUUGCUUCUAGUGCCUUACUCAGAAAUCUCCUGGCUGUUUAGCUUGAGACCAAGUAUCUGGGGUGACCUAAGUCUCGGGGUUCUGAAGCUCACUCAUGCAUGAAUGACCAGUAGUUGAAAGCUGCAUGGGUCCCAGCAUGCACAACUCAGCAGUGCUCAUUUUCCCCUCGAUCUUCCUAGCAGGUUUAUGCUUCAUUUAGAGCUGUCAAUACCUCAAUUAGAGCCUGCUCACUUCCCUUGGGAGAACAGUUAUACAUGUAGCGUCACAGGCCUCCGACACCUAAAUCACCACCCCCUCCCCGCUGAGAACACCAGGUCAUAAAAUACCUCCUCAUUUACAGCAGUGUUUGCUGACUAGCCCAGCAUCCUCUGUCUUCCUUUCAGAGGCCACAAUUGACAGACAGGAGGCAUUGGAGAGAUGCUCCUGGCUGGUUAGAUUUCUCUGCCAGGACACCAGACAUAUGCAGCUGGGCUUCUGGAUUUACAUAUAGUGCAAGGAAGAGCAUUGGCAUGUGUAUGCAUGCAUGCAUGCAUGUCUACAUGUCACAUACAAGUUCCUCCUGGCAUUUAUUUAAAACCUAGGACACAACCCCCAUCCUGUGGCACCACAAAUACUGCUUGUACUGUGGUACUUGAGCAGAAUUCCCCUCUCACAUGAUGUCCUGCUCAGCAGGCUGAGCUCUCUGUUCUUUCCAAGGCUGUGCUUUCUCCUCUGAAGACACAUCCAUGCUAUCUUGUGUCUCCACAGACACCCAGCUAAGGGUCCUCUCAUAAAACCUAUAAAAUCUGGCAAGCUCAAAGAGGUGUGUAAGAACUUCGAGAUUCCCCAGCUUUAAAACACUGCUAAACAAGAAAUCUAUAGCCAUGUAUUCAUUUUUCAAACACAUGCUGCAAAAAAAUCGCACUUUGUCUUGGGUUUUGUAUAAAAUUGGGGAGGAAGACUUUAUGAUAAUUCAGGUGGAAAGUAUGUGGUGAUGCCCUGCCGGCCUUGCAAGGGACCUGACAGCUAUUUCCAGAAAGACUGAUGCUGUGGGUUAAGUGGAGACUAUCUGAGGAAGACACCCAAGGCCAACCUCUGGCCUCUUCAUGCUACCUCAUUCGCCCACAUGUUAAUACACAAACACGCAUAAACACAAGCUACACUACAGUUUUAAACCCGCCUGGUUUCCCUAAAGCCAUCACCUUCAUGUGGCUUUUGUUUUACCUUAGAGUCUGUGCUUGUUUGUCAUAGAAUAGUGUAUAAUAGAGGUGAGAAAAGCAAUUGGAGACAUAGGUCUCAGCUGAAGGAGCUAUGGCUAAAAUCACCAACUUUUCAGACUGGAAGGAUUCCCUGGUGUCUGCGUGGCAGGGGUAGGGAACAGUGGCCUUGUGCUCAUUUGACAGAUGAGGAGGAGCAGCAUCAGAGGCUUGUGAGGAAGCUGGCUCCUGUGCUGGUCUGAUCCAGGCUCUGGCCUCCAUGGUGAAGGGGAGAACAGGCCUAGGUAGUGACCAUCCUGCUUCACCAAGUACAGUAGCAGCAGAGGAUUUCUUGGAAUUUCUUGGGCACGGGGCAUGCAGAAUGCACAUCUCUAGAAAGUCCUCAGGUAAUGUGUAAUACUACACAGGUCAGAGUUUCUCCUAGAAAACUGAGUUCUUAAACAAAAAGUAGUGCACAUGCCUGAGGAUCUGAACAUUUUUACAGCCAUCUUCUAAAGAUGCAUAGCCAUAUAAAUUUGUAGAUAUUCACAGAUGAUGACUAGAAACUCCUCUCUAACUACACGUGGGCAACUCAUGAAUAAAAGAUGAUACUUCACCCACAACAGUGCUCAGAGUUGGAAGUGGUCAAAAUCUGAAGACUAGGGUAGGGAAUAUGUCUGAGUAGUCAAAGUGCUUACCAUGCAAGCCUGAAGACUACGUACGGUUCAGGUCCUCAACACCCAUGUAAACAGCAGGCGAGUGUGGCAUUCAGCUUGCUGGUGUGGAGACAGGAGAUCCUGAAAGCAAGCUGGUUAGAUACACUAGCUAAGUCGGCAGUCUCCAAGUUCACUGGGAGAUUCUGCCCAAACACAAAAGGUGUACACUAGUUAAGAAAAACAGCAGACAUCAUCAUCUGGCCUUCACAGACACGUAUAUGCAUGCACCUACAUAUAUGUGAACAGACAUACGUAUGUGCUCAUCCCACACACAGAUACACAUAAGCACCACCACGUCCAAAAAAGCCACAUUAAGCUAAAAUCGCAAUAAACAAACUGUAGAAUACUCACCUCGUGCAAGGAAAUAUUCAAUGGAAAAACAACACUGGGCACUGUUUGUUAAAACAUGCUGUAGAUACACAAACACACAAACACACACACACACAUACAAACAUACAAUAAACACAAACACACAAACACACACAUACACACAUACACACAUACACACAUAAACACACAUACACACACAUACAUAAACACACACACAUAAACACAUAUACAAACACACAUAAACACACACAUACAUACACCCAUAAACACACACAAAACACAUACACGUGUACACACACGCAUACACACAUAUACACACAUACACACACAUACAUAAACACACACAUAAACACAUAUACAAACACACAUAAACACACACAUACAUACACGCACACACACAUACACAUGCACACAACAUAAAAUGAAAAGGCAAGGCACAGAAGAAUGCAGAAGUGUGGUAUUAUUUUAUAGACAAUUCAGAACCAGGCAAGGCUACACUGAGGUGUUCAUGAAUUCACACACAGGUGGGGAAAGGUGCUUAACUGCCUCUAUGUCCUGAAGAGUGGGCCUAGCAGAGCCUCGUUCUCUGAAUCAUCAAAAGGAGGGCAUGUUGGUGCCUAUUUCCUAGAGUUGCCAUAAAGGCUAAAAGCUUGUAAAGCUGUGAGCAUAGGCAUCAGCCAUCACCAUCGCAACGCUCGUGGAGUCUGUCCAUAAAGGCACUCAGUAAACAAUGACACAAAGAUGAAUGCCAAACACAAACACACCAGCACCCAUGCCAGUGAAUAGGAGCAUAGGCUUAAUGAAAACAUUCUGGAGAAUGACACAGAGAGAGCCCAAAUGUGACUUUAAAAUGUGAAGACACUUCUGAAAUUUAACAAAUGCACAAAGUUUAUCAACUCAAAGGCAGGAAGGAUAGAAGAUCUUGUCUUCGUGGACAAGAGUCUGCAGGUGAAGGAAGCCCCUGGGAUACCUGAGAGAUGCUAUAUUCUGCCAUGAGGGAGCCCCUCACUGAGCUCCAGGGUAUCCCGGGCCAGGCUCCCAGGCACUGAAACAGUAAAGACGUGUGGUAUAGAGCACCAGCCAGUGCUUUUAAUGAGGGUGACUAUCCACCCUCCACAACGAACGGCACGUUCAUGAGAAGCACCUGCUCAAAAGCCAGAUCACAGCCCGGGGCCCAACGAUUCGCUGUGUCCAUCCCCAAGUCACCUGGAAACUGCUGGCUCUGUUUCCAUGGAAACUGCUUGCUUUCUGAAAACUGUAUCAGAAUACUUGAUGAGGACGAAAGUAGCUGAGAGAAAAUCCAUUUCCAAGCUCAAUGCGGGUCGGCAGCAGCCUGACAUCUCUCUCCCUCACGGUCCUUCGGUAGGCGGCCAGAGCAUCCUAGUGACAUCGUAGCACCUCCUCUGCAGCCAGUGAUGGAAGGCCAUUCCCAAAAUGGAGGUCAUCGACAUUCUACGAUCUCAUCUGGGAGGCAGAAGCCACUGACUGCUUCAGCCAUACCCAUGGUCACAUGGUCUGGUGGCUCUGGAGGCGGUGGGAGGGAGUGCCACAGGAGUGCGAAUUCCAGGACAGCCAUUGUCUAUGAGACUGAUUAAAGCACUACCCAUGACCUUCUUCUAAUCAAUAUCCUAGCCCCUACUGCAUAAAGCCAUGGUUUUUGACAAUUUUUCCACCUGCCUCUUUACUGUCACUUCAGCAGGCGGUACAGGUCUAUUUACUUAUCUAUUUUCUCCUCGAAGUAUUAGUGAGUCUUUCUAUUAGGCACAAACAGAGUAUCUACAUACAUAACCAGAUUGGGAAAGGGGAAAAAAUUAUCAGGACAAAGUGGUUUGUCCCAUCUCCUUGUGAAUGGGAGGGGAAGAAAAAACAUUUUAAUGUAUCUUGGUUAAUAUUCAUGCUUGUCAUGCAAAAUAAAUCAGAUUUCUUCUAAUAACAGAUGAGAAGCAACUUCAGAGUGGAUCUGAUAUGAAGCCUAAGCACUCUGUGUCAUUGCCCUGACAGGUUUAAUCAUGUCAGCCAGCCUGGCCCCAAUGCCAGGAAGUGAAGAGACUGUCCUUCCUAAAGCCUAGCAUCAAAUACAACACUCUCUAGCUUGGAAACGCGAACUUGAUUAAUGGUUAUAAUCAAAGUAAUUUCAUUAUGUAAGUAUAAUAACCCAGCUGAGAAGAUAUUUCAGUGUGGCUAGGAACUUAUUAGUUCCUGGCAGGAAAAACCAUUUUCUUUAUAGGGAUUAGAGCUGCCUCGCUCGCUAAAACUUUUAUGAACAAGAAGCACCUGGGCAGGAUGCAUGUAUGGCCCUGCAAUGAUCACAUCCUGUGAUUCUGCAAGGCCUUUCUUCAGACACCCCACACCGGGUCCCUCCAACUGGGUCCCUCUCAUUGUCAUCAGAGCCUAGGGAACCACAGGUCUCUGUUCCCACAGAUGAGGAAACUGGACUGGAGCAGAGAGGGUGAGGCCCCAAACAAGGAGUGGGGUGGCCUUGGAGCAGCUGAGGGGAAGCAGGCAAAGAACUUGCCUCCAUUUUCCUCACAUGACUCUUUCUGCAGGCUUGUAAAACCACAAUGUUCAUCAGGAAUCACCAACCCCAAAGUGUCCACUGAGAGCAAGCGUUGCCUAGGCUUCUGUUGAAGUAUUAUCUCUGUUUUUAGAAGAAGAAAAUUACGACAUAUAGAGGAAAAUAGAACAUGAGGAUGCCAUGUUCAGCAGAGCAAGCUGGACCCUGAGGACAAACAUGGCAGACACUCAUUGGUCUAAGUAGCCACAUUCACACAGACGGGAACGUGAAGGAAGAGAGAUGGGAAGACAGGCAGAGAGGGGAUGGCAAGAAGGGACAGAGGGUUUGAGCUGGAGAAAGCCUUGGCUAUCCUGGGGUUGAUUUGCAUUGUCAAGGGUGUUCUCAGGUUGCUAGCAGCAAGCACUUUACCUAUUGAACCAUCUCCCCAAAACCCUCAUGAGCUGGCCUUUAUGGUGUGGGGCCUGGCAGAAGUAGAUCACUAGGAGCAAACUUGUAGAGAUCCCAGCCAUGUUCUCUACUUUUAUCUACUACCAUGUGAGCAGCCCUGGGCCACAAAGCUGCUGUCAUUGCUUUUCCCCUCUAUGACAGGUUGUCUGGCCCCUCCCCACCAGGAUGGGCUGUCUGCCCCUCUCCUCUAUGAUGGGCUAUCUGGCCCCUCCCCACUAUGAUGGGCCAUCUGCUCUCCCCACUAUGAUAGACAGUUUGCCUCUCUCCACUAAGAUGAGCCAUCCACCUCUCUCCACUACGUUCCUGCCAUGAUAACCUCUUAUCCCAACACCACCCUGGCCACUCAGGGUCAAAGGAAGGAGAUGAGCUGCACAGCACACGGGGAGAAGCCCAUCAUUGUCCGCUGGGAGAAAGAGGACAGGAUCAUUAACCCUGAAAUGGCCCGUUACCUGGUGUCCACCAAGGAGGUGGGAGAGGAAGUGAUUUCUACUCUGCAGAUUUUGCCAACAGUGAGAGAAGAUUCCGGCUUCUUCUCCUGCCAUGCUAUCAAUUCAUAUGGGGAGGACCGCGGAAUAAUUCAGCUCACGGUGCAAGAACCCCCAGACCCCCCCGAGAUUGAGAUCAAAGAUGUCAAAGCCCGCACAAUCACGCUCAGGUGGACCAUGGGGUUUGAUGGCAACAGCCCCAUCACAGGCUACGACAUUGAGUGCAAAAAUAAAUCAGACUCCUGGGAUUCUGCUCAAAGAACCAAAGAUGUUUCCCCUCAGCUGAACUCGGCCACCAUCAUUGAUAUCCACCCUUCCUCCACCUACAGCAUCCGCAUGUACGCCAAGAACCGGAUUGGCAAGAGUGAGCCCAGCAACGAGAUCACCAUCACGGCAGAUGAGGCAGCUCCUGAUGGUCCACCUCAGGAAGUGCACCUGGAACCCACCUCAUCUCAGAGUAUCAGGGUUACCUGGAAGGCUCCCAAGAAACAUUUACAAAAUGGGAUCAUACGUGGCUACCAGAUAGGCUACCGGGAGUACAGCACCGGGGGCAACUUCCAGUUCAACAUCAUCAGUAUCGACACCACCGGGGACAGCGAAGUGUACACCCUGGACAACCUGAAUAAGUUCACCCAGUAUGGCCUAGUAGUACAGGCCUGCAACCGGGCCGGCACGGGACCUUCUUCUCAGGAGAUAAUCACUACCACCCUGGAGGACGUACCCAGCUACCCUCCCGAAAAUGUCCAAGCCAUAGCAACCUCACCAGAAAGCAUAUCAAUCUCCUGGUCCACGCUGUCCAAGGAGGCCUUGAAUGGGAUUCUCCAGGGGUUCAGGGUCAUCUACUGGGCCAACCUCAUAGACGGAGAGCUGGGCGAGAUUAAGAACGUCACCACCACGCAGCCUUCCUUGGAGUUGGAUGGACUAGAGAAAUACACCAACUACAGUAUCCAGGUGCUGGCCUUCACCCGUGCAGGGGACGGCGUCCGGAGUGAGCAGAUCUUUACCCGUACCAAGGAGGAUGUUCCAGGUCCUCCUGCUGGUGUCAAGGCAGCAGCAGCCUCGGCCUCCAUGGUCUUUGUGUCCUGGCUGCCCCCGCUCAAGCUGAAUGGCAUCAUUCGGAAGUACACGGUGUUCUGCUCCCACCCCUACCCCACAGUCAUCAGCGAGUUUGAAGCCUCCCCUGACUCAUUUUCCUACAGAAUUCCUAACCUGAGUCGGAAUCGACAGUAUAGCGUCUGGGUGGUGGCAGUGACUUCCGCCGGAAGAGGCAACAGCAGUGAGAUCAUCACCGUGGAGCCUCUGGCUAAAGCUCCUGCACGGAUCCUCACGUUCAGUGGGACAGUGACUACUCCGUGGAUGAAGGACAUCGUCUUGCCGUGUAAAGCUGUUGGAGACCCAUCACCUGCCGUAAAAUGGAUGAAGGAUAGUAACGGGACGCCCAGCCUGGUGACGAUUGAUGGCCGCAGAAGCAUCUUCAGCAAUGGGAGUUUCGUUAUUCGCACGGUGAAGGCCGAGGACUCUGGCUACUACAGCUGUGUUGCCAAUAACAACUGGGGAUCAGAUGAGAUCAUAUUAAAUUUGCAAGUACAAGUUCCACCAGAUCAGCCUCGGCUCACCGUAUCCAAGACGACAUCCUCCUCCAUCACCCUUUCCUGGCUUCCUGGAGACAAUGGGGGCAGCUCCAUCAGAGGCUACAUCCUGCAAUAUUCCGAGGACAACAGUGAGCAGUGGGGGAGCUUUCCCAUCAGCCCCAGCGAGCGUUCCUACCGCUUGGAAAACCUAAAGUGUGGGACAUGGUAUAAGUUCACCCUUACUGCCCAAAAUGGAGUGGGACCCGGACGCAUAAGUGAAAUCAUAGAAGCCAAAACUCUGGGGAAAGAACCCCAGUUCUCCAAGGAGCAGGAGCUCUUCGCCAGCAUCAAUACCACCCGAGUGAGGCUGAAUCUGAUUGGCUGGAACGACGGCGGCUGUCCAAUCACCUCAUUCACUCUUGAGUACAGACCCUUCGGGACCACGGUCUGGACCACAGCUCAGCGGACCUCCCUUUCCAAGUCUUACAUUCUGUAUGACCUCCAAGAAGCCACAUGGUAUGAACUGCAGAUGCGAGUGUGCAACAGCGCCGGCUGCGCAGAGAAGCAAGCCAACUUUGCCACGCUGAACUACGAUGGCAGUACAAUCCCUCCACUCAUUAAGUCAGUUGUCCAAAGCGAAGAAGGGCUGACAACCAACGAAGGGCUCAAGAUCCUCGUGACCAUCUCCUGCAUCCUGGUCGGGGUUCUGCUGCUCUUUGUGCUUCUGCUGGUGGUGCGAAGGAGACGGAGGGAGCAGAGGCUGAAGAGGCUGAGAGAUGCAAAGAGUUUAGCUGAGAUGCUCAUGAGCAAGAACACACGGACUUCAGAUACCUUGAGCAAACAGCAACAGACUCUGAGGAUGCACAUUGAUAUACCCAGGGCUCAGCUUUUGAUUGAAGAGAGAGACACAAUGGAGACCAUAGAUGACCGCUCCACAGUCCUGUUAACGGAUGCUGACUUUGGGGAGGCAGCCAAACAGAAGUCACUGACGGUGACUCACACGGUGCAUUACCAAUCGGUGUCUCAGGCCACCGGGCCCCUAGUGGAUGUCUCCGAUGCUCGGCCAGGAACGAAUCCCACCACCAGGAGGAAUGCAAAGGCUGGACCCACAGCAAGAAACCGGUACGCCAGCCAGUGGACCCUCAACAGACCCCACCCCACCAUCUCAGCACACACUCUCACCACAGACUGGAGACUGCCUACCCCCAGGGCUACAGGCUCCGUGGACAAGGAAAGUGACAGCUACAGCGUCAGCCCAUCACAAGACACAGACAGAGCAAGGAGCAGCAUGGUCUCCACAGAAAGUGCCUCCUCUACCUACGAAGAACUGGCCAGGGCCUACGAGCACGCCAAGAUGGAGGAGCAGCUGAGGCACGCCAAGUUCACCAUCACAGAGUGCUUCAUAUCCGACACGUCCUCCGAGCAGCUGACGGCAGGGACAAACGAGUACACGGACAGUCUGACCUCCAGUACCCCUUCAGAAUCGGGGAUCUGCAGAUUCACUGCGUCUCCCCCCAAACCUCAGGAUGGAGGUCGUGUGGUGAACAUGGCGGUUCCAAAGGCCCAUCGGCCAGUUCUAGAGACCAGAAGUUCAAAGUCAAGACACCAGCUGACACAUGUUCCUCUGAGGGCUCUAGGCGACCUCAUACACCUGCCUCCAUACCUGCGAAUGGACUUCUUGUUAAACCGGGGCGCACCAGGCACCAGCAGGGACCUGAGCUUAGGACAAGCGUGCUUGGAACCCCAGAAAAGUCGGACCCUGAAGCGCCCCACGGUCCUUGAGCCCACCCCUAUGGAGGCUUCCUCCUCCACCUCUUCCACGAGAGAAGGACAGCAGUCGUGGCAACAAGGGGCCGUGGCCACCUUACCUCAGCGAGAGGGUGCAGAGCUGGGACAGGCAGCUAAAAUGAGCAGCUCCCAAGAGUCGCUGCUGGACUCUCGGGGCCACUUGAAAGGAAACAAUCCCUACGCAAAAUCCUACACCUUGGUAUAACACAUGGCGCGGCUGGACAGCGGUUGUAAAUACAAUUUAAACGAUCCAAUCAAAGCUACCUUUUUUUUACGGAAUUCCAAUAUUUAUAAUUAAAGAAAAUUGCCAAAAUAUAUUAAAAAAAAAAAAGAAAGAAAAUACUGAAACCACAGACAGCGCAAAGACUACUCUGCUUUUUUUCCGUCUGAGUGUGGGCUCCAUCUGCCUGGGCAUCUGAGUUUUGGGGAAAGAAGUCCAGUUUUAUGAUUUUCACAGGCUAUAGCAUUUUUACCGAUUUUCUACAAAGUGCAUGGGGACUCAUUAAACCUUCUGAACAGAAGAAGUUCUAGCACACAAGAGUCAAAAAAGGAAAUGGGGGGAACUAGCCUAUUUGUGAAUCGAGGAGGGACGUUGACGUGGGGGCAGGGGACAGCUUCCGUCACCUCGCACACCUUUCCUUCCCACUAGGGACCUGGCCCUCGGUUUGAUUUUUCUGUUGUUAAUUAGGAUGAGUGCUGUCAGUGAGGGGGUGGGGGUGGGAACCCAUUCAGUUUUCUUUUCUGUUUAUCUUUUAAUUUGACGAGACACUCUUUGCAUUUUGUCUAAGCGAAAUAAAAGAGAAAAGGUGGUCUGCCUUUAUUUGCAUGUCUGCUGAAACCUCCUAUCCAUUGCUCGGGCCUCCUUCCUGCUCAUACUGGUGUCUGUGAACAAAAUGGCUGGACCUGGUGCCCAAUCUAGGAAAAAAGAUGCUAAGUUCUGAAGAGCUCAGGUGCCGCUGGGAAGAGACAAGAAGAUACAACAUGAACUCCAUGGACGGAAACCAAACCAAAGGCAGCCUGGUCUCUGUCCAGUGUUCUAAGCCCUUCACAGGACUCGGGUCCUUGUCAGCUGCAGGACCCGCUCUAACUCGUUAGGGUCAGCAGACCGUUUCCAAAUCCAGCGCACUGAUCUUUGUCAAUAAAGUUUUAUUGGAAGAAGUCCAAAGGCCCUACGCUCCAUGUGCAUUAUCUGUGGUUGCUUUCAUGCUGUGAUGUCAAGUUGAGUGACAGUGUGUCACGCAAAGCCAGUAUUCUCUGGCUCUCCGCAGGAGAUGCUUGCACAACCCUGAAGUUGCUUUAGUCCUGACUUGUCUGAGAAAGGAAUGGAUGCUGUGUCCCACCUUCCCUGCCCUGCCCUGCCUCCACUGUGACCGACAGAUUCACAGCAGACUAUCUUCAGAUGUGGUGCCUCCGAUCCUCUCCUUGGCACCCAGAGAAAAAUCUGGGUCUGUAUAUACCCAGUCUGUGUACAAGGGUGUUCCUCCAAAUCCCAGGUUUUUAUUUUCCUUUCUCUGUGUCUAAAUGCACUGUCAUGGGGCUCACUCAAACAUAGAGCCUACCAACAAACAGGAGGUACCAUGUUCUACAUCCCUUGGCUCUUCCACAGUGUGCCUUAGAAAUAACCUGCCAUCCUCUAAGGCAGAAAAACCCCAUUCCAGACACCUUCCCUAAGAGGGAAGGAGAACCAGGCCUGUUGCUUUAGUUUUGGCACUGACUGGAAAAAAACUGAGCCCACUUCCAUAGCUCUCCGCUUCUGAUUAACGACACACACAAGUACCUCUUAAGACCUUCCCUACGUGUCCCCAUGAAGGCCACCAGCCAGAACCCUGGUGUAGUCAUUACUAUCUAGAACUCACUUACAGCACUCCAUCCCCCACUUCCUGCCUCUCUUUUUCAUCCUUCCCUCCUCCUAUCGUCCAGACAGACUUUAUACCUCGUGAGCUUCAGAUGCACAGAGCACAGGAAGGGCCAGUACAAGACUGCGUCACAGCCUCGAAACGGCUCUGACCUUAGGGUUAUGUGACAGUGAGGUGUGUGUUGCCUGCCAUGGUUUCAGAGCACAGUUUAUUCUUGACGUCCUCAUGGAUGCAGAAGGAUCAAGUUGCAACUUUCUAGAGACAGAAAAACCGUAGCAUUCACGGGUCUGAAAGUUGUAGAGCUCCCACACUUGGAAGUUUAUUCUUUUUCAGUUUUUUUUUUCUCCCAAGAUGUACAAAACAAUAAAAGAUUUGAUGUGUUUGCCUCUGCAAUGGAUUGCUUGCAAGGUUUCUGCCUUAAAAAUGCCCAUUAAAGUGAGUUCCACAUGCAAGCACUGUAUCAACCCACCCCCACCCCAACCCCCCGCGCCUCAAGUAGGGUCUGACACUGUCUAAAAAGGGAUUGUAGAGCUGUGAAUUAAAAGACCAUCACUACAACAAUAUCAGUGAGUUUUCCUCUGUACCCUCCUGUCUCUAUUCUGGUUUGUUCGGGGGAGGUGAAUGGAUUAUCUGUGUCCCCACAUAGGACUGAGAAAAGAAAAGUACAGUUCCAUCCUGGAAAGUUUUACUUUCCUUUUCUAAAGAGUUCGUCCCAGGGAUUACUCCAGUUCUCAGACCAACAAAAUUUCUCUUAGAUUGACUCAGAUUACUUCUUUAGCUGCUGCCUAACAGUUUGGGGGUAAAUAGGGAAGAAUUAGUGGCUCCGUAGGACUGGGUAUUCUUUAAUCCAUCCAAAUAGCCCCUCUAUAACAUAAGCAAGUAGAGGUACUUAUGAACCUCAUGGUGUUCUCUACCUCUGCAGUCUCCAGAUCCUGGGGCUUAGCACCCAUGUCUACCUGAUGCUUUUCUUAUAGUCAUGUCCACGCAAGGCUAAGAAAAGAGGAUGGAAGAUCUGAACAGUGAAAUAGCACGAUGCUGGUCCCACGCAAGGCCGGCAAACUCUGAGGCCACCCUCUUAGAUUGCUGAGAAGGCUCUUGAAACAAGCAAACGACUUCUCUCUUAAGGUCUUUCUGACCUGGUGCUAUGAUAUAUGAGCAACUGGAUUCCAUUUUAAAACAACCAGGACAGCAUCCUGGGAUGGAGAAGCCAGGCACUAGUUUGCCAUACUCUAGUUUUAGAAAGGUCUAAAGGAAUUGAACAGUGGGCCAAAACCGGAAAAUCUUAGUUUAACUUUCUAAAGAAUAUGAUCCAGAGGUGAUUGUGGCUCUUAGAUAAACACACUAAUACUCAGGGCUCCAGGGACUACACAGCUCCUCUUCUCGAUUAUUGGUCCAAAGUGACCAGCAAAGCAUGAGGCAAAUGAAAUGGAGGGAAAGGUUUCCCCUAUUUUUCUCAUAAAUCAAGUAGUUGCCGCAUUUAACAAGGGCUUAAAUCAAGAAGGAAUACAAAAGACUAUUUUUGUCAAAAUGCUGAAGGAGAAGCCACGAGAUGAUCAAGAUGGUAGCUAUAGAUAUAGGACCCUACUGACUGAAAGCAGGGUGGGUCACAGCUGAUAGGAUCAUCCCAGGUUCAUCAAGCAGGAGCUGGGAUUAUGUGCUAGAAGGCAUACCUCAGUACCCUGUCCCAUGGGCACCCAACAGUCAGGAAUGUCUUCCCAGUAGGGGCUUUGGGUAACACUUAUUGUUCAAUGAAGUUUGCAUAGAAAGUGACCUUGAAAGACAGGGUCAAGUGUGUCCUUGAUUAGUGAGGGUGGGUUUUCCUGUAAAUAAUGAAAACAACUUCUCCCUCUGAGACCAAGCCCUGGCAGGGUCUCCAGAUGCCCCAUUCAGACUUAGCACUGCCUAGAUAGUAGACAAAGUCUGAGUUCAUCCCUUCACUGGUCUCCGAGAUCCAGGAGGUCAGGGAGCAUCCCCUACUUUCCAAAUUCAGUCCCAGCUUACCUUCUCCACUGGACCCCUGGUGGCCCCAUGUCACACCACAGUGUCCCAGUAUCCCCGUCUACACAUGCUUGUUAUAUCUUCUGACUCACUGUGCAAUCUGUUACCUAAGAUGUUAUCAGUUCUCCUGCCUAAGCAUAUAUGCUCCAUUAGGAGAAAGAUUUGUCUUCAUUGCUUUUGUCCUCACUUUCUAGAAGGGAGUGUAGCAAGCACCCUAAAUCCAGAGAGGCUCAGCUAUAACAUGAGCUCUCUGUCCACAGAGCAUCACACAGACUGCUUGGCAAACUGGCAGCCCCAGCUCCUGCACCGUGCACCCUGUAGAGACAAGAUGCAGCUCAGACCUACAAGGGACCUAUCCAUAAGUGUUUUGACUUUGGAGAAAUUGUUAGUCAGUUUUGUUGUUGUUGUUGCCUUGGUUGUUCCCUCUCUCUUUUCGAACUCUAACUUCCAGUCAGAGCAAAUUCUAAAACUUGGGGAAAGCGACUUUGAGCACCUGGCAGGGCGCUUGCUUCAUCUCCCCAAGCAAAGCCUGCGAGCCUUUGUAUCCUGGAGACUUCAAACAAACUGUAAGAAAGAUGUGUUUUUCAGUCCUAGCUCUGUGUCCCUUGAGAGGAUAGGAUUCUGUCUCAAGGAGACAGCCCUUUUGUGGAGGAAAACUUGUGUAUGGGGCACACAAUUAUGUGUGCAUCAGUGGCUGGGCAGUGCUUAGGAGGGUCACUGGGCACAGCAGGGCCUGGAUCCAUUUGGUACCACAGAAUCAAGACAGAGUCUCUAAGCACAGUAUGUAAAGAAACUGGGUUGUACUUCCAGAAUUGAAUUAUGCCGAGGGUCCCCUAGUGCUAACCUCUGUAAGAGGACCCACUCCUAAAUACAAAAUUAAACAAGUCUUCUGAAGUAACACUUCUUGGGUGGAAUAACAAUGGCUCUACAUUGCGACCCAGGAUUCAAUGCCAGGCAGAUGGAAGUCUGGCCUUACCUUACCUUGAGAAGGUCUAGUUCAUACAGCCACCAACAAACUCAAUCCAACCAAGCAGGUAUGCAUGCCUUCCACCACCACAGCCCUCCAACUAUCCUCCAUGUUGAGAUGUCAGUGUGUUAAGCCAGCACUGACUGGACAUGGGAUAGGACAGCAUCCCUUUCUGCUGGAACUAACCCCUCCAGUUGGUUCUCUGUGAGGCUCUUCCAUGUCUCUUGGAUUAGAGCACAGCACUUCACAUGUGUAACAAGAGCUGACACUCAACGUCAAGGUGCUGAUAUUCUCAGUGAGAAGACACAGAGCUAUGCUGUGAACUGAGAAUCACGACAGCGCUUCCGUAAAGGCUUCUCAGAGCAUUAGAUUAGGGAACUUCACCACUGCUAUGUCGCUCACUGUCCAUGCUCAUCAGAGACCUUUCUGGAGCUUUGUCUCUGCUUGCCUGCCUCUCGUGCCCACUCUUCAGAACACGGCGGUUGCAUGGAGACUUUGAGCUUUCACAAGGUCCACCACAUCACAGUAAAAGAGACCUGGUACACUUCUGGAUACCCGGCUUUGACACCAACACCAACUCUUCCAGAAGCUCAUCAUGGGAUCUCAAGCAAAGUCAACCACUGGCUGUGGACACCUGUGCACAGGUGGCUAGACCAGAUCUUCAAAUUCUGCUGACUCCCAGGGCAUUGGAUCUCCUCAGUAUCUAUCUCCCACAGCGGAUAUGUGAAAGUCGUCACAGGGGCAAUACUACUCCUCAUUUGUUCUGUUUUUCUGUGGUUUGGAGUUCUUUUUUGUACUCCUUCUUACACUCUUCACAAGCAGCAGUACAAGCAGGCAAAUGCUUUUAGGGUUCAUUGUGAAAUGAGGAUGGGGUGCAGGAGAAUUGUGGGAUGUAAAAUGGUAGUCUAAAUGUCCAUGAGCCUGGUGUAGAAAGCAGAUUUUAAUCUUUUUAAUAAACUUGUAAACUCA